AUAUCAAUGCAUACUUCGAAAAUAAAUGCACAUUUAAAUUUUCAACAUAUUUUUGGUCUGCGACAGAAACUGAAAAAGACAGCAAAUAGCGGUAGUUGUGGAUUGCGGUGUUACAAUAUCAGCUUUCGCUUGUUUUAUCGCAAAUAAUAAAAAUAUAUAUCCCAUUGAUUAAACCAGUAAUUUAUGUAUAACCAGCAUAGUUAUUAUUUAUGAGCAAGAUGGCUCUACUUCGUUUUGUAAUUGCAAGCGCGUUCAUCGUGCUUGCGGCGACUUCAUCUGUCCACGCUGAAGCCGAAAACCUAGAUGAUGGGGUCACGGUUGAGACAGUAGAAGAAGAUAGCUACCAGACACCUCAAAUUGAUUCUAAAAAAGCAUACUUGGCGGAACAUUUUGAUGAUGAAGAGGCUUUUAAAAAGAAAUGGGUGAAAUCGGAGACCAAAAAGCAAGGAGUUGAUGAUACCAUUGCUAAAUAUGAUGGAAAAUGGGAGUUACAAACACCAGCAAGACGUUUACUUAAAGAUGACUUUGGACUGGUGCUUACGACAGAAGCCAAGCAUGCAGCAAUAUCAGCUUUACUCAACAGGCCAUUUGUCUUCAGUGAUAAGCCAUUAAUUGUGCAGUAUGAAGUCACUAUGCAGGAAGGCCAAAACUGUGGUGGCGCGUACUUAAAGCUCCUCUCCAAAGGCGUCAACACACGGAAUGAUCUUAAACAAUUCCAUGACCAAACUCCAUACACAAUAAUGUUCGGACCAGACAAGUGCGGCAAUGACAACAAACUGCACUUCAUCUUCAAGCAUCAGAAUCCAAAGAAUGGUACUAUUGAGGAGAAACACGCCAAGAAGCCCACUCAGCGGCUAGACGAUAUAUACAAAGACAAAGAGCCUCAUCUCUAUACAUUAAUUGUUCGUCCUGACAACACAUUCACAAUACUGGUGGACAAUAAGGAGGUUAAUUCCGGGUCUCUGUUAGAAGACUUCACCCCCGCAGUGAACCCACCAGAGGAGAUUGAUGACCCUAAUGAUAGGAAGCCCGAAGACUGGGAUGAGAGGGAAAAGAUUGUAGACCCCACAGCGACCAAACCAGAGGAUUGGGACGAAGAUGCGCCGGCGCAGAUUGUUGAUCCCAGCGCGGUUAAACCAACAGGCUGGCUUGAUAAUGAACCGGAGAUGAUACCUGACCCCGAUGCGGUGAAGCCGUCUGACUGGGAGGAUGAGAUGGACGGGGAGUGGGAAGCGCCUCUCGUGGACAACCCCUUGUGCAGCGCUGCCCCUGGCUGUGGCGAGUGGAAGGCGCCGCUCGUUGCCAACCCUAGCUAUAAGGGUGUAUGGCGGGCGCCAUUGAUCCCGAACCCCAACUACAAAGGCAAGUGGACCCCGCGACGCAUCCCAAACCCACAUUACUUCAACGACGAGCACCCAUUCCGUAUGACCACUAUUACCGCCGUCGGCUUCGAACUGUGGUCGAUGUCGCCUCAGCUGCUCUUCGACAACUUGAUCAUCACGGACGAUGAAGAGGUGGCCGCGGAGUGGGCCAGACAGACGUACACACUCAAACGGGACAGGAUCACUAGCCAGGCGAAAACCAUUUGGGGUAAAAUUCUGACCGCCACUCAAUACAAGCCGGGCUACUGGGCCAUGUACGCCCUGUACAGUGCGGUGCCUGUCACCCUCUACAUCGUUUACUUGCUGGGGAGGUCCAGAGAGCAAGAACUAGAAGUGGAAGACGUUAAGAAAACUGAUGCAGUGGUGGAGGACGACCCUCACCAAUCCGACGAGGAGAGGGAGGAAGAGAAGACAGACGAGAGUGCGGAAAAAGAGAAACAGAGCAAGGCUGAUUUAGAGGGACCGGAUGAUACUAAGGAGAGCGCGCCCCUCAUAGACACGGAGGGCGCUGGUGAUGGACAGAGGAAACGAAAACCGCGUAAAGAAUAAUUUUGCAAUUGUAUUUUAUAAUCUACUGACUUACGAUAUUUAAUUUAACCUUAAAUUUCCUAAAAUUAUUUUGAAUCAGUGGAAUUUGAAAUAUUUUGCAGUUAGUGCGUCGUGUUAUUCAGUUGUCCAACGCUUCUUAGAAAAGUGUUCUGCUUUUUAGUUGGACGCGGAUUCAGUGUGGGUGUGGUCACUAUAGCUAAAUUUAUAAUCUUUCAUUAGAUCAAACUUUUUUUUUGCUACCCCUACAUCUCACAUUACCUACGCAUUCAAGUAUAUAUUUCUUAUAUCGUUGAGAAAUUACAUAUCUACGUUGAUAAAGGAAUUUUUCAUAAAAAAUAGAUCAAACUUUUUUUUGCUACCCCUACAUCUAUCAUUACAUACGUAUUCAAGUAUAUAUUUCUUAUAUCGUUGAGAAAUUACAUAUCUACGUUUAUAAAGGAAUUUUUCAUAAAAAAUAGAUCAAACUUUUUUUGCUACCCCUACAUCUAUCAUUACAUACGUAUUCAAGUAUAUAUUUCUUACAUCGUUGAGAAAUUACAUAUCUACGUUGAUAAAGGAAUUUUUCAUAAAAAAUAGAUCAAACUUUUUUUUUUGCUACCCCUACAUCUCACAUUACCUACGUAUUCAAGUAUAUAUUUCUUACAUCGUUGAGAAAUUACAUAUCUACGUUGAUAAAGGAAUUUUUCAUAAAAAAAUAUCUAAUUGCACAGUUUUAUCUUAAUAGUUACAUCUGUCUCUUUUCAUCACAGUGUGACAGAAAGAGACGAAAAGUACUUUAGUAUAGAACGCAAUUACAAUUUAUUUAUCAUGAACUCAUAUUUAUAUACAUUACAUUAUAUGGUAUAUUAAUUUUCACGCGUGACCACAUUUAACUGUUUUUGGAAUGUAGCGAGUAAUUUAAGUUGUUUGGUAGACCGUAUAUUUAGUAUAUAAUUAAGAUAUGUGUAUCUCUAUAUGAAAAUUAUAUUUACAAUAGGAAAUUUUGUCUACUAAUUUUGAUUCACUCUGUCUACCAAAGAAUUUUGAAACCAUAGAGCUCGAACAAUCUAGAGGGGAACAAAAAUAGCAGAGCUGCUCUUGUGUGAAAAUUGUCUGUGAUUUCACCUUGGAAAUUUUAGUUUUGAUUUUCAAAGCUAAUAGUUCAUUUGUCGCAUUUAUGUUAUAAGUACAUCGGGUAUGUAAUGUAAGGACUUGUGUUUAAUGAAUAAAUUGCGUGUGAAUUGUU